UUUCAAUUUGUAAACUGACAGCCGUUCUUCUUGGAGUUCUGAAAUUUGGCAGCUGAACUUAAAACAUUCUUAUAUAUACUAAAGUCUUGGCUUGUAGCUUGUCACUUGAUCGACAUGGGCUCGCGUCAAAUGCUGGUCUGCUGGCGCAUCUAUGUGUACACCCAUAAUCUGUACUCGCUGCCCAAUCGUAGAGCUGAGAGCUUUCGCAACUGGUCGCCCGGAUUCUUCAGAAAUCAUUCCGAUGAACUGCAACGCCUUUUAAGCUUUGCCAAUCGCGAUCUGUCCGUGCUCAUACCCAGCAGCAGGGCAAAGGUGCUGAAGGUGUUUGAAUUGCUGGUCGAGCUGGUGCCAACUGUGCGCAUGUCGAGUGCUUCGUUUCAAACAGUGCUGACACCUCAUCUGAAUACACACACUGAACACUUUAUACACGAGCUCAUCAACUUUGCACGCUCGCCGUUCGACGAUCUCAUAACCUAUGAGUGCAACGUCAAAUAUGAGCCAAGAGUAGCCACGGAUGAGCUGCUGGGGCUGCAGUGCUUUGUGGACUUCACGCAGCGCGUGGAUGAAGAUGAAUGGCUAAGCUUCGAUUUGGAGUUGGAGCUAGAAGACGAGGAAAUCGAUGAAAUCGACGUGCAAACCGAGAUGUGUGUGCUUAAUGAGCCUCUGUUUCUGGAACUGCGUCGUCUGCUUACCGAACGCAAUGCUCAGCUGACUGCAGAGGCUCAGGUGCAGAGUGAUCUGCAAAGUCAGCUGCAAGUUGAUCAAUUGCAGAGUCAGCUGGCACGUCAAUACCAAGCCGCUACUCAGCAUGCAUCGGUUUCAGCCCGCACACUACAAGCAGCAGCAGCAGCAACAACAACAGGAGCAGGAGCUGUUCUAGCUGCACCUUCAAGCGCCACUAGUGAUUUGGAAUUCCUUGACUACUUACAGAGACGCAGCCGUCUGCAGUUUGCCGGCAACAGCAACAACAACAACAACAACAGCAGCAUUAGCAACAAUCCAUCAUUACGCCAUCUGCCGCCUUCAGUUGUCCGAGCCGUAGAAGCUGGUGCAGUGUCCAGCAGCGAGGCACGCAACAACUUGCGUACAGCAUUGCGCGUUGUCAGCGCAUCACGCCCACGCAAUCAAAGUGUGACGCCCAAGCGACGACACACAAACAGCGAGAACAACAACAACAACAAUAAUCGCGAUGGCGAGCCAUAGACUUGUUGUCAUGCAAUGUACCAAAGAAAGUAGAAGCGAAACAAAAAAGUAAAAUACAAUUUUGAAAUGAAAUAAUAAAAAGGCGCUUAGCGCAUU